GCAGCUGCCGAUUGUGUUCUAAGGGGACGGAGUGGGGAAAGACGUCUGCUCUGCUGGAACAGCCUAUCUCAUUCCUUUCUUUCGACUGCCCGUGGCGCGGAGAGUCGGGGAGGCGGCUGCGGCAGCAAGGGUGGAGGUGGCAGCGGCGGCAGCUGCAGUGACAUGUCCAGCAUGAAUCCCGAAUAUGAUUAUUUAUUCAAGUUACUUCUGAUUGGCGACUCUGGGGUUGGAAAAUCUUGCCUCCUUCUUAGGUUUGCAGAUGAUACAUAUACAGAAAGCUACAUCAGCACAAUUGGUGUGGAUUUCAAAAUAAGAACUAUAGAGUUAGAUGGGAAAACAAUCAAGCUACAAAUUUGGGACACAGCAGGCCAAGAAAGAUUUCGAACAAUCACCUCCAGUUAUUACAGAGGAGCUCAUGGCAUCAUAGUUGUGUAUGAUGUGACAGAUCAGGAGUCCUUCAAUAAUGUCAAACAGUGGCUUCAGGAAAUAGAUCGUUAUGCCAGUGAAAACGUCAACAAGUUGUUGGUAGGGAACAAAUGUGAUCUGACUACAAAGAAAGUAGUAGACUACACAACAGCAAAGGAAUUUGCUGAUUCCCUUGGAAUUCCAUUUUUGGAAACCAGUGCUAAGAAUGCAACGAAUGUAAAACUCUUCAUGACGAUGGCAGCUGAGAUUAAAAAACGAAUGGGCCCUGGAGCAACAGCUGGUGGCGCAGAGAAGUCCAAUGUUAAAAUUCAGAGCACUCCGGUCAAGCAGUCAGGUGGAGGCUGCUGCUAAAAUUUGCCUCCGUCUUUUUCUCACAGCAAUGAAUUUGCAAUCUGAACCCAAGUGAAAAA